AUGUCUCUAGCCCAAUCUCCCGACUUCUCUUCCGACGAAAAUGGCUUCCAUAGCAAUGACCUUCACGACGCCGUUUUCGCUACCCAUGGUUGUUGUUUCUGGAUCCCUUGCCUGAGAUCCAAUUCCUCACAGUCAUGGUGGGAGCGAAUUAGGGCUGCCGAUAACGACGAUGAAUGGUGGCUUAGAGGCUGGAAGAGAUUUCGCGAAUGGUCUGAAAUCGUCGCUGGCCCUAAAUGGAAAACCUUCAUUCGUCAAUUUCAUAAGAAUCGAAACCGUCAAUCUACUUUCCGUUACGAUCCCCUCAGUUAUUCUCUUAAUUUCGAUGAAGGUCCGGCUCGUGAAGAUCCUUUCACCGAUGAUUUUGUACGACGUGACUUCUCUACUCGAUUCGCAGCCAUUCCGGCUUCCGCUAAAUCGUCUAUGGACCUUGUUAAGGACAGUCCGUCCUUAAUUUGA